CGCGUAUGGUCCAGAUUGACUCGCCGGAUCUCGAAACGACGGCCGUGAUUGACGUGAACACCUUCCGGGACUGCGCACUGAAAGUCGAGUAUCGCCUGCAAAUAUGUUGUCUGGGUCUGGAAGAAUGCAAGAUGAAGAUUGUCAUGCGAAGUCUCCAGCGCAAAAAAAUCUUUGUUGCAUGAACCCCAAAAGCUGCUAACUUCUUGCUAGGCAGAACCAAAAAGCGGAUUGCUCAUGUGGGAUAGGUAUCAAAAAGGCCACGCAGGACCUGUGAAUCGUCUGUGUGCAGCAUUCCAGACAGUGCGUGUCGUGGUCCGCGAGAUGCAUAAACAAAUCUUUCACUCUCCCGGACGACCCAGACAUAUUUACAACGCAUAUCGAGCCCGAAACCCACAAACUGAUCCUGCAUCCGCAGUGGAGCAAGUGCUCCGCGCAGGCGGAUGACGUCGUGGGGAAGGACGCGGCGGCCAAGAAGAACUACGUGCGGUUGGGGCAAUGCACGGCCUUCGCAGAGAACCGGGCACAGGGUAGCGACGAAGCCGGGGAGGACUAUAUCGGCGCAGACCCAUCGGACCCCGGCGCAGAGAAGGGGAAAACUUUCCUCACGCUGCCAUCUAAAACCACUCAAAACACGGCUGACUACAAAAGUGGAAGUGCCAACCCCGGAUCAGUGCACCAGAGUUCGACCGAUACAAUGGUUGCCGUUGACGAGUUCACGGUGACGCUGGACAACUGCGCGGACUUGUGCAAGAAACUGGAGAACGAGGACGACAUGGGCAAGUCCUGUGGGGCCUUUGCCUUCCACAAGACAGGGUGGAAGACGGGAGACAUGCUGGAAGAAGACGGAUCCGACAACCUGUGCUGUACUUUGUUCCGGAAAGACGCCUGUGACGUGAUGCAGGGGGGCUCCUCGAUGGUCCUUCCGACGGGGCAGGAUCAGUUGCUGUACGAGAUGGGGCUCGGCUUCCCCGCGGGGAUGAAUCUAUGGCACGAAAAAACUAUUACUUCUGUUUCACUGUGAUACGCAUUUGUUCGCGCGAUCUGCUCACUUCUUGUAUCACAAAUUUGUUCCGCACAUGUCAAAGGACAAUCAACAUCUAGCAUGCAGCGUGCUUCCAGCCUUCCAAGAGUAAAUGUAAAUAAGUGCGAUGCUUUGCCUUUCUAGCAAGACAAACACUUGCGCGUGGCAUUUUCGGCAUCACAAGUUCAAGUUCGUCCUAGUGAAACAGUUUUUUGCUUCCGAUAAAAGCUGGAGGCGGUCUAUUACCAGCCCGGGAAAAAAGAGCUGCAGGAUUUGCCCUGGCAGUUCUUGUACGAGGGCGUGCGGUAUCAAAUACAAAUGCAAAUAUGUCUGGGUCUGGAAUAUUAAAGAUGCAGAUAUCUGUCAUGCAUGUUUACGUUUUGCAUGGCCUUGGCCGCCCAUGUCUGCAAUGCUGCAGGGGGAAUUGCUUCGGUCUAGGAAUGGGCCCAUUCGUUCGGUCCCCAGUAGAUAGCCCCACAACAGGACUCGCCUAUGUCGGUCCUUUGUAUGUUUAUGCCAGGCGUUCUUGGUUGGGUUACCCGGUCGGCACAGCCGAUCCACCGAUGACGAUGCUGCAGGCUCUAGCAUCCCAGCCUCAGCAGGGCCUAUGUGAAAAAUGCGAUGUCUAUCCCGCAUAAGAAGUGCCCUCGUCCCAACAGCAUGCUCCAAAGUGGACAUCUUUUCCUGGUCUUGCAAGGCAGAUUUUUCUGUGACGGGCCACAAGCAGUAGCAGAAGCAUUAGAAUAUAAGUUUCCUUUGUUCCUCCAGACGCAGACAGCACACUUGCAAUGCAUAUGUGGCACUACAUAUCUCACGAAAAAACUGUUUCACUGUGAUGAUUUUGCAAGAUCUGCAUCACAAGUUUGUUACACAUGACACAGAAAAUUUGCCAUGCGCGCUUCCAAAGGGAAAACACCCCUAAAGAGUCAAGGUCUUGCAGGUGUAGCAAGACAAAUAGUUCUGUGUUCCAUUCUAUGCGUCACAAGUUCACAGUGAAGCAGUUUUUUCUUGCGAUACUACGCUCAUUGGUAUUACGAACCCGGGUUCGGAGGCAACACGAUUCCCUUUUUCCGAACUGGA